GACAGCCUGGUCAUUUCCACAGAAGCCAGCUAUUUUUCCUGAGGAGUAGUUUCGUUUCUGCUGUUUCUUGUCAUAAUGGGAAGGUGGAGCCUACAAAUAAAAAAGCACCUGAAGAAGUUUCAGCAAGUCACUGCUUCUCCUUCCUACAGAACACUUGCAAGGAGGCUGCACCUGAGAGUGGUUGGACCAGGCAGUGAUCAAAGUUUAGCGAAGCACUAAGGACAACCUGCGUGGAAGCCCACUAAAUCAGCAGGCCAUGGAUAAAAAGAAACCAGCAUUCAAACAACCUUUUGAAAGAACCAAAAAUACCCCGAAGAAAGAAGGGUUUUUAUUUUCUGUCCCAGAAAUGGUAAAACCAUUUCCAGAAGCCGCUACAGUGCCUCUCCCACCAGAACCAGAAGAAACUGCUGAGCUAUCAGAGGAUGUGUUUGAGAAAAGACCUAACCAUGAACAGGACUUGGAGAAAGAGGUUUUCAGAGAAGAGGACAAACAGGCUGGAGAACACACCUUGUACAACCAAUACGAGGAAAAGAUCCGACCCUGCAUUGAUCUUGUUGACAGCCUGAGAGCUCUUGGAAUAGAAAAGGAUCUGUCCUUGCCCGCGAUUGCCGUGAUUGGAGACCAGAGCUCUGGGAAAAGUUCUGUCCUCGAAGCCCUGUCUGGUGUUGCUCUCCCCAGGGGCAAUGGUAUUGUCACUCGGUGUCCCUUGGAACUUAAACUCAAGAGGUUGCCAGAAGGCCAGGCAUGGCAAGGGAAGAUCUCCUACCGAAAUGUGACCCUGGAGCUCCAGAACCCCUCUGAGGUGGACAGAGCAAUAAGGCAAGCCCAGGAUAUUGUGGCCGGUACUAGAGGUGCCAUUAGCGGGCAGUUAAUUUCCCUGGAAGUUCGGUCCCCUGAUGUCCCAGAUCUGACACUAAUUGACCUUCCUGGAAUUGCCAGGGUGGCCGUGGGGGACCAGCCAAAAGACAUCGGGGACCAGAUCAAAAUACUACUUAAAAGAAUUAUUGGCUGCAAAGAGACAGUCAACUUGGUCGUGGUGCCGUGUAACGUGGAUAUUGCAACAACAGAAGCACUGAAAAUGGCUCAGGAGGUGGACCCCACUGGAGAAAGGACAAUAGGAAUCCUCACAAAACCCGACCUGGUGGACAGGGGGACCGAAGAGGCUGUCGUUAAGAUACUGCGAAACAGGGUAAUCCCCCUGAAAAAAGGCUACAUGAUUGUGAAGUGCCGUGGGCAGCAGGACAUCCACAACAAACUGACCCUGGCUGCUGCAAUCCAGCAGGAGAGACACUUCUUUGAGAAUCACAAGCAUUUCAGGGCUAUUAUGGAGGAAGGAAAGGCUACUAUCCCCCAUCUGGCAGAGAAGCUCACAAAUGAACUUGUGCAACACAUUAUUAAAACGAUGCCAGCGCUGGAGAGCCAAAUUCGUGACACCCUCCACAAAACAUUACAGGAUCUGCAAAGGUACAAUAGAGGCACACCCCAAACAGAGUCUGAGAAGCUGUUUUUCCUCACAGAUCUGAUCAAACUCUUUAACCAAGAGAUCUCUCGGAGCACACGGGGAGAGGAGCAGCUGUUGGGAGAUGAGGUCAGGCUGUUCACCAGGAUCCGCAAGGAGUUUCGCACGUGGGGCGUGAUUCUUCUGGAGUGUGCUGCCAGGGCUAAAAAAACCAUCCCUGGUAGAGUGUGGAAAUAUGAAGACCAGUACCGUGGGCGGGAGUUCCCAGGCUUCACCAACUACAGGACUUUUGAGGACAUCAUACAAGAGCAGAUCAGAGAACUGGAGGAGCCAGCAAUGAACAUCCUGAACAACGUGAUGAAACUGGUUGAAGAGAAGUUUAUGGAACUCGCUAUGAAGAAUUUUGCUAAUUUUCACAAUCUAAGCAGAGUGGCCAAGGUGAAAAUUGAAGACAUUAGAGAGAAACAAGCAGCAGAGGCUGAAAGACAUAUCCGGGCACAGUUUAAAAUGGAGAGAAUCGUGUACUGCCAGGAUGACCUUUACGUUGGUGAUUUAAAUGCUGUUAAGGCAGAAAACGCUCUCGGUGCUUCCUUGGGGAAAGAUCCACACAACUUUCCUUCUCCAAAGGAUUCCUCUGUUGUCCUGGAGAUGCUUUCUCACACCAGUGCCUAUUUCUCUGGAGCAAGUAAACGCCUCUCCAAUCAGAUACCUCUGAUCAUCCUGUCUACUGUCCUUCAAGACUUUGGGGAAAACGUGCAGACCUCAAUGCUGCAACUUUUACAAGAUAAAGAGAAGUUAAACUUUCUCCUUGAGGAGGACUCUGAAGCUGCUAAAGUGAGGAAUUACCUCAGCCAAAGAGUUGAUCGUCUCACCAAAGCCUGCCAGUACCUGAGAGAAUUCAGCUUGUUGUAAUUUGGUUCUCAUAAGAUUUUUUGGUUUUUUUUCUCCUCAUCUUCUAGCAUUAUUGGAGAAUUUCAUAUUAUCCCAUAAAAAUGUAAUGUCAGCCCAGUCCUUUAACACGAAUUUCUAGUGUUCAGAUUUUUUUAUUUUCCGUAAUCAGUUAUAUACAAACAGCUGCCUUUGCAUAGAGUUCCACUGGGGGAGUUGUGGUUAAAUAAACAUUAUCCCAUUUUUAAACAUUUUCUUUAUGAACUCUGUGCAACGACUGGAAAAAUCAUAAAAAAGCUAACACUCUACACUCUGAGAAUUUUAUGUUUUGGGGUUUUUUCGUUGUUGGAGGGUUUUUUUUGUUUGUUUUUUGGUUUUUUUCCUCCUUUUUAAUGAUGGAAGCCGCAUAAUCCACAAACAGUAAAAUUAAAUUAUCUACCUAUCCUCAGUGAAGCUUAGUGUGUGAGACUCGUGAUCUCCCACUUCCCUUUGUGUUUUUGUCUUGCUGGGGUUGUUCUCUUUCCUGCUACCACCUAAAAGCCACCUCUGCAAAGUGUCACCACUAAGUCUCAGCCCAGGAGGGAGAGAGGGAGCGCACAGUGGGCGUGAAACCGUUCCAGCCUAGAAGGAAAAUAAAGUUUAUUUACUUUCUGUGACUGGUGCAUCCAGAGGAUGCCAUUGGCUCCGUUCAGUCUCCUUCCCAGCUGUGUGAUUUGCAGAAGGCCAAAAGGCUCAUUCCUCUCAGCUGUCACCUGAAAUUCCGGAACUGAUGGGCAACUCACUAGAGGGCAGGAAUUGGAUGUCCACAAGGAAAGAAACCUCCCAGGAUGUUAAACAGUACAAGGGUAUCUCAGCCUGAGCUUUGCUGCCUUUCUCCUUUCCCUCCCAGGGCAAGGAGAACCUUCCCAAAAGCUCUUUCAUUUCACAGAAGCUGAUGCAAAAUAUAUCACACAUUGUGUUCAUGAAGUCUUUCACACGGAAGAUUUGGUUUAAUAACCAAAAGCACCAAAAGUAAUGUCUGCAUCCAGCUAGAAAAAACAAUGUGCUUAUACCAGUGUGUGUGAUGUAGUAAUUUCCAAGUUUCUUACAAGAGAAGCCUUCUCCUCAGGCUAGAUAUGACACAAAGUGAUUGUCCCUGUGGCGUGGAACUGCAGCUGGUACAGCUUUUGGCACAGCAUUCACCCCAAAAUUUAGGUUCCUUAACCUUCAUGAGCACAGCAGCCAGUUUCCCCUUUCUCCCAGUCCAUUAUUUUGCUAUUAUUGACUCACAGUGCUAUAGGUCAAAAGCCACAGAAAAAGUGCAACAACCUAAUUUUUUAAAUUUCCGUUUUGAAAGUACUUUAAACUCGUUGGUGAUUUCGCGGUGUCCCCCCAUCCCCCAAGGUGCACUCGAUGCACAAGCGCUAUUGAAAACACCCCUCUCACACCUAGAGAGGAGAGACAAGGACACAUUGCUCCAGGCAGCAUGAGGUGGAGUGACAGAACAGGGUGCCACUCCCUCAAGCCACUGCCUGCAGGCUGAACUUCCUUAUUUAAUUGGAUUAAAUCAGAGUGACUUCAUCAGACUCAGCCACCAAAGAUACUCAGCAUUCCUGAUCUCUUUCCCUGUGUUUGUUCAAGGACCUGAAAUAUUGGAAUUAAAAUAAUCUCUUGGCUCACCCUCUUGAGUUGUUUGUUUGCUUGUUGUUGGUUUUGGAUUUUUUAAUCAGGCUCUCAAAGCACUUCAUAUGCCGAAUCCAGCAACUGCUUCCAAACAACAACAACAAAAAUAUCCAAGUAAACAGAUAUAAAGCACAACUAAGG